CAAUAGGCCGGCCCCGGCCUCUCGGCAGAGAGAGGCCAUCACGGUGGCGAUCUGAAAAGGGGGCCAGCCGAAUGCUGGAGGAGUGGGCCCGUGAAAGGUGGAGACGUGGCAAGUAAAUGCAGUCCAGCCGGAAGUGGCACCUCUGCGCAUGACUAUAAACAAGGUUGUUGUUGAUGAAAUUUAGUUUCCGGCUAAAUUGUGCCCGCCACCCCCAUGGGCUGUAGGUGAUCCCCGAUGCUUCAGAGGAAAGCCAAAAAGCACCCCUGUCCCUGAUUGCAAUUGUGCCUCCACGAGUUGGGUGCCUCCAUCGUUGUAAGGAUCUGCGUCCAAAUGCCUCCCGAGCCCUGUACAGUCCCUGUGCGCUCUACUCACCAUGCCCGUGGAGGAAUUUGUGGCUGGCUGGAUUUCAGGAGCUGUGGGGCUGGCCUUGGGGCACCCAGUGGACACAGUGAAGGUGCGGCUGCAGACGCAGUCUGGCUAUCGGGGGAUCCUGGAUUGCGUAAUCAAAACGUACCGCAAUGAAACGGUCCUAGGCUUCUUUAAGGGGAUGAGUUUCCCACUGCUGAGCGUGGCCCUGGUGAACUCAGUGAUGUUCGGGGCCUACAGCAAUGCCCUGCUGUACCUGAGCGCCACCCAUCACCACGACCGCCACGCCAACCCUCCCAGCUACGCCCACGUCCUCACCGCUGGCAGCUUCUCCGGCCUGAUGCAGGCUGUGGUCCUGGCUCCUGUUGACCUGAUCAAAGUUCGGCUACAGAACCAGCUUCACCCCUAUGGGCUGAAGAGUCUAGCGGGGGCCUCUGGAGCCCAGUACCGGGGCCCGGUGCACUGUGGUGCCAGCAUAUUCCGCGAGGAGGGGGUCAUGGGCCUGUUCCGGGGCACCUGGGCCCUGGUGUUGCGAGAUACACCCACUAUGGCCAUCUACUUCCUCACCUACACCAGCCUCUGCCAGGCCAUGACAGCGCAGGGGCGAGAACCAGGGCCAGUGACAGUUCUCAUAGCUGGGGGCUGUGCUGGCACCACCUCCUGGGUCUUCGCCACGCCCCUGGACGUGAUCAAGGCCCGGCUCCAGAUGGACGGGGUGAAGGGAGUGUCCUACUGCGGGGUCUGGGAUUGCAUCCGCAUCAGCGUUCGGCGUGAGGGACCCCAGGUCUUCCUAAAGGGCCUUACCCUGAACAUUAUCCGUUCCUUCCCUGUCAACGCGGUGACCUUCCUGAGCUACGAGAACAUCCUGAAACUCAUCUGCUGAGCCCCACCCUGCUCCCUGCAGCAUCAUGCACUGGGGAGCCAGCGCUGACUGCCAGGGGAGAGUCCCCCAACUGAGCCCCCUGCCCAGCUCCCUGUAACAGAGCGCCCCCUAGCAUUGUGCUGGAGGGAGGGGAGCUUAGUGAUUUGGCAUUGGCCUGCUAAACCCAGGGUUGUGAGUUCAAUCCUUGAGGGGGCCACUUAGGGAACUGGGGUCAAAAUCUAUCUGGAGAUUGGCCCUGCUUCGAGCAGGGGGUUGGACAAGAUGACCUCCUGAGGUCCCUUCCAACCCUGAUAUUCUAUGAAGGUCAGCACUGCCUGCGAGAGGAAGGCAGGAUUACCCCUCCUACAAUCUAUCCCCCAAGGUUAGGCUGUGUCCUAGAUCCAAAUGUCCUGAGUGACAUUGGUUCUCCCCACUUUCCAUGCAUCUUAGCACCUUGGGGAGAGGAACUGCCUGGUAGUGGGGAGGGGGAGGGGGAGGGGGAGUGAUUUGGGAGCUGGGGAUGAAAUAGAGAGAAUGAGAAAACUGAAGAGCUGGUCCUUGGGGGGCGGGGAUGGACAUGCUGCUAAAAAGCACAGAGCCAUGAGUUAGGCCUCCUGGGUUCUAUGCCAGAUCUAGGAGUAGAGUGGGAUUUGGGGGCUAGAGCGGGUGGGAGUCAAGACUGCUGGGUUCUUUUCCCAGCUCUGGGAGAGGAAUGGGGCCUAGUGGUGCAUGUCGGGGGAGGAGGGGCCAUAGGCAGAGCAGUGUCGGGGAAGGAGUUCUGGGAGUAGGAGGAUUUCUCCUUACCCAGCUAUAGCAUUUCCAUGGCAACAGAAAAUCUACUUAAUUCUCAUCAGUCAGCAAACUCUCUGCUGUUAGCCUGGCCCAGUCCAGUCUGACAGGCAGAGACCCUGCCACCGCCACCCUGGAGCAGGCUGCAAUGUGCAGGGACCAGUGGAGGCGAGCUAAACCUAUUCAGUGGUUUGAGCAUUGGCCAGCUAAACCCAGGGUUGUGAGUUCAAUCCUUGAGGGGGCCAUUUAGGGAUCUGGGGCAAAAAUCUGUCUGAGGAUUGUCCUGCUUUG